AAACCACAACAGCAAGACCCUUGGGGUCCACCCCCAUACUCAUCAACACCAGCACCAGUGGAACUGCCAGGGAGCGUACCAGAUUAUUCUCCCUCUCGCCCACGCUCUCGAUCCUCUGCGCGAUCUUCCCGGAACGCCAGUGCUGAUGACUCCCAAUAUGCAUUCCUCGGCCAGUUCGACACAAUUUUCCUAGUCGAUGACAGCGGGAGUAUGGAAGGACGACGCUGGCGCGAAGCAGAAGCAGCUAUUGCCGCUAUCACACCUAUUUGCACACAACACGACACUGAUGGAAUCGACAUUUACUUUCUCAACCAUCGGAACCGUGCGACUCAAUCUGGUGCAUACACAAACAUCACAACUCCCAGCGCAGUCCAACAUAUUUUCCGCCAAGUACGGCCACAAGGCAUGACCCCCGUCGGCCAACGGCUUCGCAACGUCCUGCUUCCAUAUCUGAAGCGUGUGAGGACGAUGGCUGAGAAUACGAAUGAUUAUGGGGAACUUAAGAAUCAAAAUCUGGCGGUUCGCCCCAUCAAUAUUAUUGCUAUUACGGAUGGCGCUUUUAGUGAUGACGUCGAGAGCGUGGUGCUGAAUGCAGCGCGGAACCUAGAUAAAGCUAAUGUCGUGCCGUGGCAGGUAGGCAUACAGUUUUUCCAGAUUGGUAAUGAUCCGUAUGCGCGACGGGAUCUAGAGCAGCUGGAUGAUGGGUUGUGUCAGGCGAUGAGGAGUGAGCCAGUUCGGGAUAUUGUUGACACUGUGCCGUGGAAGGGUGGGUCUGGGGAGACCAUUUCAGCGGAUUAUUUGCUGAAAGUUGUUUUGGGUUCGGUGAAUAAAAAGCUUGAUCGUCAAAGAGGAUAA